UGUGUGAGCCACGCUAACUGGGUGAACCUCCACCCACGCGGUGUCCACAUGUUAAAAAUACCGCAGGGAUCACAGUGGCAGUAUUAGUACCCUCCGGCUCCUGGCGACAGGCACACUUGGACUUUGUUUUGGCACACAGACCCAUCUGACAGCCUGCCUUAUCCUGGCCCUCAGAGAGUCUGCAGUCUAGACGCUUCGCCUGGACACUCAGCAGAGCCCACACCCCUCAUCUGGUCUUGUCUGCACCCAGACCUGCUGUAGGAGAGGGAGAAGGAAAACUUACAGUCGUGUACCUCAGAACUGAGUCUGGGGGGUGGGUGCUAAGUUGAUCCCAGGGACUCUCUAGGGAUGUGGAUCUGGAAGUCUGUUGGUGUCGUCUAGUCUGCCCCUACGUGCAUUUGUGUUGGGCUUGGCAGGAGACAGGUCAGGACUUUGAUACAUGCACACGGCGUCCGAGGAUCUGGCCUACCUCACCACCCUCCACCCCCGGGCCCCCCUACCCCCGGACCCCCAACAUGUGAACUGGAAAUGGCACCAUAGCUCCAUCUUUCGCACGGGACUCACUCCGACGCUGUGCCCAACCUGUUUGGGAACCUUCCCCAAGCCGCCGCCCGCCCGCUCGGAGGUCGGCGCCAGCGCUUGCUGACUGUCUUUCUGACUGUUGCGCGGCUGGUCAGGCUGCUUGUGUUCGACCGCUGGACGUGGUGUGAGCGAGGAGAAGCAGACAUGCGCGAGCUCAUCCCGGUCCCGGCCCGGAAACAGCGGGAGAGGCAGCCCAGCCUCCCGGCCCCCUCGCCUCCCCUCUCCUUCCCCGUCACCUACACCAUCCAGACCUCUAAGAAGUUCCCUUUCUUCCACUUCAAAAAAUGCAGGUACGAGGCGGAAAAUGCCUUCUCCUCCAACCUGAAGCUGGUGGACUUCAACAUCAUCGACACGCUAGGGGUCGGGGGAUUCGGACGCGUUGAGCUGGUGCAGCUGAAGAGCGACGAGGUGAAGACCUUCGCCAUGAAGAUCCUGAAGAAGAGACACAUCGUGGACACGAGGCAGCAGGAGCACAUCCGCUCGGAGAAACAGAUCAUGCAGGAGGCCCACUCAGACUUCAUUGUCAGGCUGUACCGGACCUUUAAAGACAGCAAGUACUUGUACAUGCUGAUGGAGGCUUGUCUGGGAGGAGAACUCUGGACUAUUCUGAGGGACAGGGGUUCCUUUGAGGACUCGACCACAAGGUUCUAUACAGCCUGCGUGGUGGAGGCCUUUGCUUACCUGCAUUCCAAAGGCAUCAUCUACAGAGACCUCAAACCAGAGAACCUCAUACUGGACCACCGGGGAUACGCCAAGCUGGUGGACUUUGGUUUUGCCAAGAAGAUUGGGUUUGGGAAGAAGACGUGGACGUUCUGUGGUACGCCGGAGUACGUGGCUCCAGAGAUCAUCUUGAACAAGGGCCACGACAUCUCAGCCGACUACUGGUCGCUAGGCAUCUUGAUGUACGAGCUCCUGACAGGAAGCCCUCCCUUCUCAGGACCAGACCCCAUGAAGACCUACAACAUCAUCUUGAGAGGCAUUGACAUGAUCGAAUUCCCAAAGAAAAUCACCAAAAAUGCUGCCAACUUAAUCAAGAAACUAUGCAGAGACAAUCCGUCCGAGAGACUGGGAAACUUGAAGAAUGGAGUGAAAGACAUUCAGAAGCACAAAUGGUUCGAGGGGUUCAACUGGGAGGGGCUGAGGAAAGGGACGCUGACUCCUCCCAUCAUCCCUGAUGUCUCGUCGCCCACGGAUACCAGUAACUUUGACAGUUUCCCAGAGGAUGGUGACGACCCCCCUCCUGAUGACAACUCUGGAUGGGACACUGACUUUUAACCCCUGACCUCCCAGAUAGCUAGCCAGCCUUCCACCCAACCUCAACUAUGUCCCCCAGCUACUGCCCCCACCUGGCCCCACCUUAACCUGGAUUACCUCUGCCUGGGUCCACCUAGGACCUGGUCCUGGGCCUGGGCCUGGGCCUAGGUCAAGGGUUAGGGUUAGGGUUAGGGUUAGGGUUAGGGUUUAGGUCUUGAGUUUGCAUUUUGAGCCUAUAGGUCAGAAACUUGGGAUGGCCUUCUUGCUAGACUUGGCUGCUGAUAGACAUUCAGACAUUCAGUACUGUGAAGGACAUUCGGAGACAGACGGACAGCGAAAGAGGACGGUUGUCAUACUCUGGGUCACCAAGAUGCCUUCUCCCAUGUAGCUCCAGCCACGACGUCAGUAGCCCCGGUCUCUGUCCAUCUCUCCGUCUCACCACACCCACCUUCUGAAGGACAUCCGGGAAGCUUUUCGUGGAGCCUCGGACUGGCCUGGUUCUGUUGACAGGGACCAUCGGACCUAGACAGAAACACACUGACAUUGAUUCUACCUUGCGGAGAGGAGGAUUGACUGAGACAGAGAGAGAGAGAGAGAGAGAGAGAGAGAGAGAGAGAGAGAGAGAGAGAGAGAGAGAGAGAGAGAGAGAGAGAGAGAGAGAGAGAGAGAGAGAGAGAGAAAGAGAGAAACUCCACACCUCUUUUUGUAGCAUAUUCAAACUUAUCUUCAUGCCAUCACAUGCUACCACCUGACUAACGCAUUAUUAACAUCACUGUUGACCACAGUUCAGGACGGAUUCACUUUGUCUUUUCAAUCCUUCAUUCAUCAUCAACAUUUUAUUUUAUGAAGUUUCUUUGUACAUGAAUUCCCAUUUGAACAUGCCACUUUAUGACUUGAGCACAUAAAGAAAAUGUAUUGUAUAUAUUCCAUUAUAAUAUUUGAACAUUAAAAGUAAACAUACACACUCACCUCUCUUACAAUGACAAUAUGGUUUGCAAUGUUUGAACAUUACUUGCCAUCUUAGUUCUCAGAGCCAUGCAGUUUAUUUUACAUUGUUUUGCCUAAUUGUGUUGCACAGACUGGUUAGUCGUUUAUACAUUGUUUAAGAGGCAGAAAGGUUCAAAUAUAUUGUCUUUUUAUUUUUAAAACAUUGACAGGAUACUAUGAAAUGACAAAGAUGCACACAGGUCUGUUUCUUACCACAAGGGGGCAACUGGCACCGGAGCAGAAAGCGAAUAUUUACAUUUUACUGUUAAUUAUCGUCACACCUAAGAUAACUUGCAUGUUUAAGACUGGAAGUGAACAUCAAUUUUUAACGAUCGAUCAUACUGAUUAUUUCAUUGGGUUGAAUUGUCAGCAUGCCGUUUUAAUCAUAUUAUGUUGCCAUUCAAAACGAAUUCACUUUACCCAAGGCCUCACUUCGAAACAUUUUACUGUGCUCUGGAAAACACAUAUUUCGUAUUUAUUGCAGGACCAGAGGUGAAUAUUUGUGUACGUAAAUAUUUAGUGCUUAUAUUUUUGUGAUAUGUAUUGAUAAGUAUGUUGUACUCUACAGUAUGAGUGUCCUUAAUAUCAAUUUGAAUAUUUGUUUUUAUUUGUCAGGAAAGUUUCCCUUCGUUGAGGUAAACUAGUACAUGUUAUAGUUUCCACAUUCAUUUGAAAUUACAUGACUAUUGGCAUUAAUAACAUUUUUGAGAAAAAUAGUGCCUUAUUUCAAUGGCAUCUCCAAAAAGCAUAUUCAGCCGCUUGUGUUACCUUGCAUGACACGGUUAAAUCAAACCUAAACUGUCGUCCUUACUCUGCUUGCUGCUUUUUUAUUGUUCAGCUAUAUUUAUAUGCCUUUUCUUACAAUAAAAUCUAACUUUUAAUCCA